AAGUCUUUCGCAAUAACCAAAGUACUUUUCUUCUGUGAAUUACUAAGAAAUUCUUGACACUGUCCUUCACUCUCUCCAUUUUAUUUUGACGGUGGACAUCGAGGUCUCUUCCUUUUGAAGAAAGACCCUACCUUCCUCAAGAUUCCAUGGUAAUGUGAUUUUUUGAACAACAGUUUGAUGUGCGAUAAACAUGCAAGUUGACCAGAAAAGAAUUACGCUGAGGAAAAAUACAGAUCUAAAGACUUUUGACUACCACCGAUUCCUCGUGUUGAUCCUGACCAUAACGUCGCUGUGGACUGGUAUCUUCGCUGAUUUCCGCUGCGUUUCGUACCAAGACCUCCUAACGACAGGAGACCGCUUUAACGACACCGGAGUUUCGGCAUUUUCAAAAAUUGUAUUUGACGUGCCAAGGAAUCAAGUCAUUGUUGGAGCCAACAACACGCUGUACCGGUUGUCGCUGAACGGCCUGGCACAGCUGGAGAAGGCGUCAUGGCCGGCGACAAACUCUGCCGUGGACAUGUGUCAGGUCAAGGGUCAAGGAGAGGCGAGAUGUCAUAAUUUCGUAAAGGUGCUGGUGGCCAGCGGGGAUAGGAUUUUCUCGUGUGGCACCAACGCCUUCAAGCCCCAGUGCUCAUGGAGAGCGAUUGAGAACGUGAGCAAUGUACUGGAAUGGGUGCGAGGCGUGGGGCAUUGCCCUUACAGCCCAGAAGCCAACGUCACCGCGCUGCUGACUCGCUCGGGACAGUACUUUGUCGGGAGUUCCACGGAUUUCUCUGGAACCGAUUCGGCGAUAAUACGGAGCGAUACCGGAAAGACCAAGUCCAUGACCCGCACGCAGCAGUAUGACAGCAAAUGGCUUAACGAACCGCAGUUCGUCGGCUCGUUCGAGACGUCCGACUAUGUCUACUUCCUGUUCCGUGAGGUUGCUGUGGAGUACAUCAACUGUGGAAAGAUUGUCUACUCUCGCAUUGCUCGCAUUUGUAAGAAUGACAACGGCGGAAAAGUGUUUCUGAGGGAUAACUGGACCACUUUUCUGAAGGCUCGUCUCAACUGUUCGAUCCCUGGAAAUUACCCAUUCUAUUUUAAUGAGAUUCAGGGAAUGACAUACCUGGAGUCAGAGGAAAUGGUGUAUGCCACUUUCACCACCCCCAGCAACAGCAUCCCAGGGUCAGCAAUUUGUUCCUUCAACAUGUCUUCCAUAGCUGCUGCCUUCUCGGGCCCAUUCAAAUACCAGAAGAGUCAUGAUUCAGCAUGGGAAACCUUUGUUAAACGAAAUAAGAGUCACUUUGAAUGCAAGCCAGAUCCAGCUGAUAACUACUAUCAGGUACUUGACUCUAGCCGGUACCAACUGAUGAAUGAUGCAGUCCAGCCGGCUACACUCCACCCUCUGUACAAAGGACUUCUGGAGACACUGACACACAUUGCUGUCGAUGUCCUGCCCACAAAACAGCACAAAGCUGUCCAUGUGUUGUAUGUGGCUACAACUGAUGGUCUUGUGAAGAAAAUAUCAGUGUUGCCAACAACACAGGAGACGUGUGUUGUGGAGGUUUGGAAGCCAUAUCCAGGAAACAACCCCGUUCCUAUUAAAGCACUUCACUACCUCGAAGAGACGAAGUCGGUGUACAUCGGCACAGAGAAGAGUGUGAUGCGUAUUCCAGUACACCGCUGUGGCACGUUGCACAACCAAAUGGCUUGUGAGAAUGCCACGGAUCCUUACUGUGGAUGGAAUGAAUUAGAACAACAGCGUACGACCGUACCCAACAAUGACUCACUGUCUGGCUACUCGAAGCAGAAUCUCACUCAUUGUCCUGUGCUGACAAAGCCUGAUGGACCCAGCAUAAUAUCCACUUUACAUGUAAUAAUGUUGUGUGUGGUAUCAUUUAUUGUUGGUUUGGUUCUGAUGGGCAACUCGUGUUAUGUGUACAUCCAUUGCCAGCGCCUAAGAGACCAAGCUGUCCACGCAGAAUUUCUUUGAAGGAGGCUCUAACCAGCGCACCAAGGGAAUUGGUGUCACAUAUUUAGUCCACUGUGAGAUGUCCAAUAUUAAAUGUAAUAAACGAUCACUUGUAAUUUCUCUUAUUAA